AUGCUUACAAUUAGUUUUGACGUGCAGUCUAAGGAUCUGAAACUUUGCAAAUGCUUAAUUUUAUGGUACGUUCCGAGUCAACGCAGAAACAAAAACCAGUCUUUUGCUGUCAUAGCAGAUUCCGAUAAUAGCAAACCACCAUCGAGGAGUACGUCUCCUUCUGGUAGAGUCAGUCCAUUUAGAGGUCGAGGGUUCAACGCCACCGGAUCUCGUCAUGCUUCUCCUAUGCGAUCUUCUCCACCACCACCAGAGGACGUGCGACUCAGCCCUCAAACUAUGUCUCCGAGACAUACGUCUAAAAUUCCUCAACUUAAACGAAAAGGCAGCUCUGCUGCUUUUGGUGAAAAGGUCUUCCAUCCAGACGUUCCACCGACACAGAAGAAAAUUAACAAAAGGUUGAGUCAGAGUUUAACAAACGUGAAUGGGGAGUCUACAAAGCAACAACAGCAGCAACAACAGCCACAACAACAGCAAAGAGGACGGCCUCCAGCUAGUCCUAGGAAAUACACUGGUUAUGGAAAGCAGCCGGCUUUUCAGCGACUCUCACCAAUCGUUGGUGAGUAA